CUCUCUCUCUGUGAUAAAUAACAGAAUUGAAUUUAUUAAAAACUUAUAUUUAUUGUACAAUGGUACAACAGUAUCUUCUCUAAUCAGUUUCGGAAAUCGUGAAGUAUUUUUACAAAGACGUCAGUUUAAAGAAUUGACUCAGUUAAUUGUAGAUCUUGUAUUGUAAACAAUAAUGUUGACAAAAAUGUUGUUUUCACUGUUUGUAUUGUUGCUUAUUUGUAAAGAAGGAAUAGUUGUUGAAAUUGAUCCGUCUAAAACAAUCAUCUGGGGUCCUGGAUUAAAACCAGAUAAAAUAACAAUGCGAGCACGAUAUAUUUUCUUUCAACUGGUUGACUCAAACGGAAAAAAUUUAACAGAAUCACAGGGAAAAGACAUAGUUUCUGCCCACAUACAAGGCCAAACAUUAUCUGGACAUACAUGUCAUAUAGGAACACAAAUUUUAGAUUGCAAGGAUGGAAGUUUCAUUGUGAGAUAUAGAUUAGAUCAUACUUGUUUCAAUUUAAAAUUAAAAUUUAAAGUGAAACAUGUCCUUAUUCUAUCGAUGGAAUUCAAAGGACCUGUCUAUGAAGAAGAAUGUUAUUGCCCACAUCCUUCUAUUAACAAAUGGAUAAAAAAUAUGGAGUGUUCCACGAAUUAUACGCAAAUGUCUAACGAUCUAUUACCUUUUACUAAUGUAGAUUUUAAUAAAAUACGCCAAAACAUUAUAAAAGAAUAUGAUCAACCAGGAAGUGUCAGUCUUUGUCAUUAUGUAGUUAAAACCAAUAAAAUUUUUAGACACUGUUAUGGCAAACACGUGGGCUUUAAAAUAUUCAUGGAUUCAAUUUUAUUAUCUCUUACUCGAAAAGUUAUCUUGCCAGAUAUAGAACUUUUUGUGAAUUUGGGGGAUUGGCCACUUGUGCCCCAAAAUGGUAAGAACUACCCAAUUUUUUCUUGGUGUGGUUCCAUAGAUACGAAGGAUAUUGUUAUGCCUACUUAUGAUAUUACUGAAUCAUCUCUAGAAGCAAUGGGAAGGGUAAUGUUAGAUGUACUAUCUGUACAAGGUAACAUAGACACACCAUGGAAGAAAAAGAAAGAGAAACUAUUUUGGCGUGGCCGUGAUUCUCGUCAAGAACGACUAGAUCUAAUUGAUAUUUCAAGAAAACAUCCUGAUUUGUUUAAUGCUUCAAUUACUAAUUUCUUUUUCUUUAAAGAUCAGAUAGACAAGUAUGGCCCUGGACAGAAGCAUAUAUCAUUAUUUAAUUUUUUUGAGUAUAAAUACCAGCUAAAUAUUGACGGUAGUGUUGCUGCAUACAGAUUUCCGUAUUUGCUUGCCGGAGAUUCCUUGGUACUUAAACAGAAAUCAAAAUACUAUGAAUUCUUUUAUAAUGAUCUUAUACCUGGUAAACACUAUGUGCCUGUAGAAAGUGACUUAUCAAAUCUCGUUAAAAAAAUUACGUGGGCUAAGGAGCAUGAUAAAGAUGCGCUAGAAAUAGCUAAAACUGCUAGACAAUUUGCAAGAGACAAUUUGCUACCUCGUGAUGUAUUAUGUUACCACGUAGUAUUAUUUAAUGAAUGGAAUAAACGCUUAAAGAGCGAAGUUAAGAUACUGAAUAAUAUGGAAGAAGUGCUGCAACCUAAACACUCCUGUAAAUGUUACGAUGGAAAAAUGAAAGAGGAACUCUAGUUACAUGUUUUUUUUUUAACAUCUUGGUAAAGGAUUUCUUUUUUGUAGCUUUUGUAUAAAAAAUAUUAUAUAUCAAUUUAAAUUUUGCA